AGUGCCACCACCUCAACCCUCUGUUCUAAGUUAUAAACAAAGGCCGCUUUUUAGAAUCACCUCUGGGUUCAAACUCCAACAUUCUGGAGGCUUUUUAACUACUCUGAGCCCCCACUAAGGAGCCCUGGUGAGCAGUGGUUAAGCGCUCAGCUGCUAACCAAAAGGUUGGUGGUUUGAACUCACCAGCCACUCCUCAAGAGAAAGAUGUGGCAGUCUGAUUCAGUAAAGAUUUACAGCCUUGGAAAUCCAAUGGGCAGUUCUACCCUGUCCUGUAGGGUCGCUAUGAGUCAGAAUCAAUGAGAUGGCAAUGGGUUUGGUUUUUGGUUUAAGCCCCAUUCCCUUGUUUGUAAAACAGAAAUUCAUUCAUUCGUCCAUUCGUUCAUUAUGUGCCAAAUACUGUUCUAACACUACAGAUACAGCAGUAAACAGACAAAAAUGCCCUUCUUUGUGAAGGUUAGUUUUUGGUGAUGGAGCCAGUCAACAAUCAAGCUAACUAAGUGAAAUAUAGUGUGUUAGUGUAAGUGCCAAGGGAAAAAAUAAGACAGGGGAGAGGGAUAUAAAAUUGGGAGUCGACAUUUAUUUAUUUUGGAGGGAGUUUGACAUUUUAGACAGGGCCAGUGAAGGUCUCACUGAGAAGGUGAGAAUGAGCAAAGACCAGAAGGAAGUAAGGAGGAGAGUGGUGUGAAGGGACCAUGGGAGGAGAGGGAAUAGCAAUGACAAAGGCCCAAAGGAGGGAGUGUACCUGGCAUGUCUGAGGAGCAGCAGGAAAGUCUGGCAAAGGGCGAACAAGGGAGAGAAUAUUAGUAAAUAAGAUAAAAGAGGUAACGGGGACAUAACCUAAGACUUUGAAUUUUCUUGGGGUGAGGUGAUGGGAUCGCCCUACCAGCUGUGUUGAGAACUAACUGAAAGGAAACAAAGAGCAGAAGUAGGGAGACCAUUUAGGGGACUGUUUUUCUAGUUCCUGCUAGGGGUAAUGGUGGCUUGGGUCAGGGUGGUAGUAGAGGUGGUUAGAUGCAGUUGAAUUUUGGCUAUAAUUUGCUGGGUUUGCUGAUGAACUCUGAUGGGGAAGAUGGCGGGAGUAGCUGGUUUUCUGGGGAAAGAUUACUAGUUCAUUUUAGGACAUGUCAGAGGUCUAAGUGUUGAUCAUUGGAUAUAUUGAUCUGAAUAUCAGGGGAGGGUGCCAGGUUGUAAAAAAUCUGAAAGUCAUUAGCAUAUAUAGUUGGUGUUUUGAACCACAAGACUGGAUGAGAUCAUCAUGGGAGUGAGUGUAGGCAGGAAAGCAAAAGGUCUGAUGACUGAGAACAGGGGCUUGCCCAUUCAGUACUUGGUAAAAUGAGGAAGAAACAGUAAAAGAGACUGAGAGGAAAUUUCCAGAAAGGAAGAGAAAAAACAGAAGAGUGUGGUGUCCUGAAAGUCAAGUGAAGAAAAGUGUUCAAGGAGGAGACAGAGGUCAACUUAGUUAAAUGCUGCUUGAAUGCUCUGGAUGGAUCAAGUAAGCCCUGGACCCAUCCAAGGACCCCUGCCUGAAGGUGAAAUGCAGCCCUCACAAAGUGUGUGUGACCCAGGACUACCAGACAGCCCUGUGUGUCAGCCGCAAGCACCUGCUCCCCAGGCAAAAGAAGGGGAAUGUGGCCCACAAACACUGGGUUGGAACUUCAAAUCUGGUCAAGUGCAAGCCCUGUCCCGUGGCCCAGUCAACCAUGGUCUGUGGCUCUGAUGGCCACACAUACACAUCCAAGUGCAAGUUGGAGUUCCACGCUUGUUCUACCGGCAAAAGCCUCACCACCCUCUGUGAUGGGCCCUGUCCGUGUCUCCCAGAACCUGAACCACCAAAACACAAGGUGGAAAAGAAUGCCUGCACAGACAAGGAGUUGAGGAACCUGGCUUCCCGGCUGAAAGACUGGUUUGGAGCCCUUCAUGAGGAUGCAAACAGGGUCAUCAAGCCUACCAGCUCCGACACAACCCAAGGCAGGUUUGACACCAGCAUCCUGCCCAUCUGCAAGGACUCCCUUGGCUGGAUAUUCAACAAGUUGGACAUGAACUACGACCUCUUGCUCGACCACUCUGAGAUCAAUGCCAUCUACCUGGAUAAGUAUGAGCCCUGUAUUAAGCCUCUCUUCAAUUCCUGUGACUCCUUCAAGGAUGGCAAGCUUUCUAACAAUGAGUGGUGCUACUGCUUCCAGAAGCCUGGAGGUCUCCCUUGCCAGAAUGAAAUGAACAGGAUUCAGAAGCUGAGCAAGGGGAAAAGCCUGUUGGGGGCAUUUAUACCUCGGUGUAAUGAGGAGGGCUAUUACAAAGCCACACAGUGCCAUGGCAGCACAGGGCAGUGCUGGUGUGUGGAUAAAUACGGGAAUGAGUUGGCUGGCUCCAGGAAACAGGGUGCUGUGAGCUGUGAAGAGGAGCAGGAGACAUCAGGUGAUUUUGGCAGUGGUGGCUCUGUGGUCCUGCUGGAUGACCUUGAGGAUGAAUGGGAGCUGGCGCCAAAGGACAGAGAAGGGAAGCUUAGGGUGCACACUCGGGCUGCGACAGAGGAUGAUGAGGAUGAGGAUGACGACAAAGAGGAUGAGGUCGGGUAUAUAUGGUAGUUCCCACGAGGAAGAGGACGCAGGUUUUGCACAAAAUUGCAAGUCACUUCCUUUUCCUUCUGCAUUUGUAUCUAAGACUCUGAGGCACCAAGGUCUCUUCUCCGCUGUUGCUCUCUAUCCCAACCCAAGGUUUGGAAGACAACUCCUUGUUCCCAGAGCAUUCUGAUUUUGAAUUCUGUUGUGUGGGAGGAAGGGUGUUGUGCUUUGUAUCGUUUCAUUUUGACAUGGGAAUGGCUGGCUUAAUAAAAGUCUCCUUCCCUUCCGUGAGAUUUAUGCAACAAGCAUGUGGUUUAUGUGGAAUUCUGACAGUGCAGGGAGCCCCCGCCCUCUUAAACGUCAAAGACCCUUUUUGAAUACCCACACUGGUGGUUACUACAGCAUGGUUCCCGGCCUUACGGUGUCUAAGUGCUUUUCUUGUGUCCUGUAGAUGUCGUGGAAAACACCACACCUGUCCCUUGCCCUCCGUGCCCUCUACUACCCCUGGUGUUUAUUAUUAAAAAUUGUGUUUUCACAUCACUAUAUCUGGCUUCCCACAGACAACAGCCUUAAUUCAGUCAAGAUUCCUUUGGGGGAAUUCAUUUUCUUUAUUAAAAAAUGGUGUCUGGAUGCUUCUGUCUGUACAUGCAUAAAUAUGUAUGUAUGUACAUAAGCGGCUGUGUGUAUGUGCAUGUACACAUACACACACCUCUCAGAAAAAGUGCUUGACGUAUCCAUUAAAAACUUAUUGGAAAAACAAUUAUACAUUUAUUAGCUUGUCCAGACCUGGAUUGCAACUUCUGGAAUAAGAUUUGUGUUGAAGUCCUCUUUUGCACUAACAGUUGGCACUUCCUUGUAGCUUGCAGACUGAGGUUUCUUCUCUAUGCAUCAUCAGAGUUUCUGGAAGCCUCUUGGAUUCGGAUAAGCCUUCGUCUGCCUAAAUCACUUAUCCUGCAAAGCCAUGUGACUCCCAUACGGGCAGCUUCACAAGCCAUCUCUUUCUUUUCUGCUCCAAGCCCUCCUCAGCUGCAGCAGUGCAGUCUGCCACAGGCUCUUCCCUUCCCUGCCUACUCAACGGCUUUUUCUAAGGCAUGAACACAUACCCCUGUUCUUGAGAAGACAGUACCCCCAUGUUCCCUUAAGAGAAUAAAAUUUAGAAUUCUUAAUGUUUUGCUUUCACUACCUUUCUGUCCACAAAUCAUGACGAAGGUACAAAAGCUGUACAGAUUUUUACCACCCAUCAUUG